AAAGCAGAAUUAGUUGAAACAUUAGUGUUUAACCUAGCGGCAUGACGUUCAAAUUUUCUGCAAACUUAAACUUUCUUUUUACUGAAACUGCAUCAACUAUAUCACAUAGAAUUAAGUUAGCGCAUCAGCAUGGCUUUCGAGCAGUGGAAAUACCAUAUCCUGAUGGAGAACUUCUUAAUGUUUCACAAGUAAUACAAGAAACUGGAAUAUUAGUUAGUCUAGUAAAUAUUUCACUUGACAAAACGAGGAAUGAGCUAAAAUAUGGUUCUACAAGCAUUCCGGGAGAGGAAAAACUUUUUCAGAAACAGCUUGACGAAACAAUAGAAUUUGCAAAAACGGUUAAUUGCAAGAAAAUUCAUUUGAUGGCAGGUGUGAUGAAUAAAAAAUUAGAGUGCGAACAUUAUGAGACAUAUGUGUCUAAUUUAAAAAAGGCUGCCGACAUCUUACUGGCCAAUAAUAUUAUGGGCGUAAUUGAACCGAUAAAUAAAUAUGCUGUUCCAUCAUACUUUAUGGACUCUUUCGUCAAAGCUUCAACUGUACUGAAGGAACUUAAAUCUAAUAGUAUAAAACUUUUAGUUGAUGUAUACCAUCUGCAGCAUAUAUGUGGAAACUUUACUAAGACCCUAGAAGAAAAUAGGGAUGUAAUUGGUCAUUUUCAAAUUGCACAGGUACCCAACCGAAAUGAGCCUGAUAGCGCUGGCGAGCUCAACUAUGAUUAUAUUUUAAAAGAAAUACAUUCCGUUGGCUAUGAUGAUUGGAUUGGUUGUGAAUACAAACCCAAAACAACAACAGUCGCCGGAUUAAAUUGGAUUUCUAAAUAUGAUUCAAAGUUUUAAUUAUUAUCAUAUAAA